GAACACAAGGGGAUGUCCAAAUCGGAUGACAAGGUGGACUGCUCUCGAAGGCUUUAAUAGCAUGACUCCGCAAUGCUGUGAAUCGUAGCUUCACCCCGUGGACUUGACUCCGUCUACGUUUCCUCCGCUCAGCUGCAUCACAUCGCAGGAUAGCUAGUCUUCAGAGCCAGUCACCCCUGUCUUCACCUCGCACAUCAGCAACUGCGUUGUUAAGAUGUUCAACUCACCAGAUUGGGUGUUCACUAUGUUUGCUUUCCUGGGAUUCUUGUGUUGCAUGAUUCCGCUUCCCUGGCAUUUGGAGGCUUGGAAUACUGGAACCUGUCUUUACAUGAUCUGGACUGGCCUAUCGUGUUUAAUCCAGUUCAUUAACUCGAUUGUUUGGAGGUCAAAUGUGAUCAACUGGGCUCCUGUGUGGUGUGAUAUCACUACCAAAUUCAUGAUCGGGGCUAACGUGGCUAUUCCUGCUUGUUCGCUUUGCAUCAACCGUCGUCUCUACCACAUCGCCUCUGUUUCAUCUGUAACGAAGACAAGAGCUCAGAAGAGACGCGACAUCAUGACCGAUCUGGCCAUUGGCAUGGGUAUCCCCGUCCUGGAGAUGAUUCUGCAGUAUAUCGUACAAGGACAUCGGUUCAACAUUUUUGAGGAAGUUGGCUGCUAUCCAGCCACUUUUAACACCCCUCCUGCCUAUGUAUUGGUAUUUGCGUGGCCCAUGAUCCUCGGGUGUAUCUCUGCUUACUAUUGUGUCCGCACUAUUGUCGAACUAGCCCAGCGCAGGGCGCAGUUCAUGGAGUUCCUUUCUGUGAACAAGAACCUGAGUUCCAGCCGUUACUUCCGCCUGAUGGGUCUCGCUGGCAUUGAAAUACUAUGCACGAUUCCUCUGGGUGCAUAUGUCAUCUACCUCAAUGUUACCGCCCAACCAGUUUUCCCUUGGAUCAGUUGGGAGGACACGCAUUCCAACUUCUCUCGUAUCGAACAAAUUCCAUCAGUAUUAUGGCGCAUGAGCGGUCCUACUGUGUUGUCGAUCGAGCUCAGCCGAUGGCUCCUCGUUGUCUGUGCAUUGGUCUUCUUUGCUUUCUUCGGGUUCGCCGAUGAGGCCAGGAAGAACUACCGCCUUGCCUAUGUUUCGGUUGCAAAGCGCGUGGGUCUUUCGACCGCUGGUACUAUGUCAACUGGAGGGUCUUGGACAACUGGUUCGAAAUCAGAGAUGGCAUGCAACAGCCGCGCUGCCACUAUGCCUGUGUUCGUCACUAAACGCACCGAACAGAAGCGCGACUCUCUCACUUCGUUCUCCACCGACAUCUCCAUUGGGGAGUUCAACAUCGGAUUCAAUGAUACCAAGGAGAUUUCGUACUCGCCAACAGAAACUGCUAUGGGUUCGAUGUCAAAGGAGUCGCUCCCUUGCACGCCCGUUGAUGAACAGACAAUUCCCCUACCAGAUACACCUGCUCUUGCAAGACCUGACUCCGUGCUUGAUGUCAAUUCGGUUCCCCGGUAUAUCGUCGAUUCGCCUGAAUCGCUGCGCAAUUCAGUCGAUAUUGUCUGAUCUAUAUCCACAAAAAACAGCUUUUUUUUGCUUUCUUCUUCCAUUCCUUACGCGGUUACUUUACUGUAUUGUUAGCUCUGUCACUCCCUGGAAUGUAACCACUCC